AUGAAAGUUCCUUCGGAUAGAGUUCGCGGCGUGUGUAUGACGUUUAUCUACCGCUUGUCGGGGAAAGAUGCACAACUUAACAUUUCGGUUGAACCAAGAAACAUGAAUCAGGAGCAAGUGUGGUUCCUUCCAGAUCAACAAAAAGAUACAUUUUGGAAAACUGGACAAGUUUGUUUGGGGCUUAUGACGGAAUUUAAGGUAGUAAUUAACAUUGUAAACCUACUGUAUAUGUGAAGGUGCAGUAAAAUUAUAGCCUAAUUAGGACCUAUAAGGCAAGGAGAUGCAAACAAAUCACCACAGCUAGAAACAACAUGCUAAAAUUAGUAAAAUCACAAAGUUAGGUUGCGAGAUCUUUUAAAAUGCGGAAAAUAGUUAUAGCCUUGCAAUAUUUCCAAAUUUUGUAUACGUCUGUAUUGCGUGCGGAAAUUGCUACCAUUUUCGCCCCUUUGCGAGGCUCUAUACAGUAUUUUCCGCAUUUUACAACAUUUCGAAACCAAACUUUUUCAAUUUCACUAAUUUUAAGAUGCUCUUUCUGGGAAUAUACUUUUUACCAAGAUAAAAAAUAGUCUAUAAUGGGAAUUGUCUAGCUAUUUUCAUGUUCUCUGCCGUACUUUUCAAAAACCUACAAAUCUUUCUAACGGAUGGCGGCUAAAAAACUCAAGGAUCGCCAAUGCCGGUCAGCGCUCUUUCUCAAUUCCUAUAGUUGCAGUUUAGCAUAUUAAGGAAUGCUAUACAAAGUUAAUAAAGAAAGAUUAUGUUUGUGUGAUGUUACUCUGAGUAUAUAUCCACACCGGGCAGGCUUAAAAAAUAUGCUUGGCCACGGUGGGAUUUGUCAAGCCUGCCCUAUGUAGAUAUACACUCAGAGUAACAUCACACAAACAUCUUAUUUACCUGAGUACAUUACACCAACACAGCAAAAGGAAGACCAGAAAAUCCAACAGGAAUAGUAGUUCCUUUUUGGAUUCAAUAUUUGAGGAAGCUGCAAGAAGUGACAACUUCAUUUAGUUUCUUAAAGCUAACCUAGGUUUAUACGCAUAAAAAGCGUGAUGACAUCAUAAUCAAGAAGAAAACGUGAGCGAUAGUGUUAGAAUGAUUGAAGGGAUUAUACAAAAACAGACGGUGUCGUGUAAAGUGAAAUAGUGUGCUGAGUCCAUUUAUUUUAUUAAUCUGGUUUGGGAGAUUUAAAAAAAAGUGCGUACCAUUAUAGUGCGUCGAUUAUUUUAUUAAUUUAAAGAGCUUAUUUACAUAAGUUCAGAAUUUUGUGGUUGAUAAUGACAAGGUCGGUAACAUAGGCAGAUCGUAUAAUUAUCAGAAAGGGUCUUGUCAGUCAGUUCAGUUGUUUUGUUGAGUAGCAAUGUGUCGUGCAGCUUUAAAUUGUAACUGCACUGCACACUACGGAGUUAAAGUAUCAUUUAAAUGGGUAAACUUGCUGCAACUUGAUAUGCUUACGAAAUGCCAUAUUUUUAAACAUCCGUGUAAAUGUACAGGUUACUGUGGCGUCUUGAGUUUACUUGAUUGUUUGGUGACGGCAUUCUCACAUGUUGUUGCUUACCCCGUUAUUAUUUGAAUUUAGGUUUACGGAAAUGUAACUAUAGGGCUAAACAAACAUUAGCAUUUCAAAAUUCCUAUCAAUAGCCUAAGGCAUGACUGACCAGGCUCCAAUCUAAAAUGGAACUCUUGUAUCUUCUAGGUUUAUAUCAAAGCAAGGUUUAUUGAAAGCAAUGUGAAAAUUGACAAUAUUUUCUUCAGGGAAGAAUAUUGUGAACCUGUUCCAAAAGAAUCUCAAAGUAUGUCCAAAUAAAGAGUCAUUUUUCAUUCUUACAGUAUUCACCAAUUUUGGAAGUCUUUUUAUCAAAGAAUGUUGCUCGGAAUGUUGAUUCCCGUGUCCAACAACUAAUCUCAACCAAGAAAAUUAACGGGAACUUAAACGAAAUCUUCACAGAUUUUUUACAAAAUAAUGCAUGAAAUUGUGGCAUAGAAAGUUCUUACUUAUGAUAAACGAUAUUUUCAUUAAUAAGUUUUUUGAAUGUUUGCAUGGCGAUAAAAUAUAAUUGUUUUUGUUUGUGGAAACACCACGUACAUUUAUUACUACAAAGCUUUCGAUCCGUAAGCUCGGAUCUUCAUCAGUGCUAAUAAUAUGUCAUAACAUAUUAUUAACAUACUAUUAGCACUGAUGAAGAUCCGGGCUUACGGAUCGAAAGCUUUGCAGUAAUAAAUUUACGUGGUGUUUGCACAAACAAAAACAAUUAUGAUAUUUUCAUUGCAUUGUGGAACCUGGGCCUAAAAAUAUUGUGCCUAUAUUGUUGGUAACCGUUAACAAGGGCAAAAUUCUUUUCACAACGCCCCCCGUUCACUCUGAAACUAAGCGCAAAGAUUGUUGAUUUGUUUAUAAACUCUGCGAAACCAGUAUGAAUAAGCAAAUUUGCAAAACAUAGACAUGGCAACCAUACAGCCGAUACGAUACAGGGACUGGCGCGAAUGUGUGUAAUGACCUAAAUUCCCAGAAAACUAAAGGUUACGAUUCCAAUCUACCCGCUGUAGUCAAGUAACUUUGCAAAACUGGCAGCGUCAAUUGAUACUAUAGGUGUCCCGUACAUUAAAUAAAAGAAUAGUUUUGUCUCUCAGAUUAUGAAAAUUGGUUUAUGAUAGAUAAAAUGCCAGUUUUAUGAUAGAAUAUGGUUCACCACAUUUGUGAUUGAUCUCGGAAAAUUAAUUGUACAGAAAAAAUGUUAAUAAACUUUAAGACAGGUUUCAUUAUUUCGUAAAUUAAAACCUUUACAUUUUAAUAAUGUUACUCCCAAAAUUAAUGUGAUAAAUUUGAAUUUAGAAUCAAUUUUAGAUGUGCGUUAAUAAUUCCCCGUGAAAACCCGCCGCAACAGCAGGUUUGGAGGAGUUCGGGUGUAAGUUUUAAACAGACAAUCGCAUGCGUUUUAAACAGACAAUCAUUGGAUAUUGCUUGACUUAUUUCUUUAUAGACUGGUACACUUACAUUUCUAACAGUUCUUCAGGAUACAUCACUUCACCUUAUUAUCCUGCAUUCUACCUGAACAACAUGGAAAGAAUUUGGGAAAUCGAAGUACACGAUGUUCAACGUAUUCAACUGGAUUGGACAUUUCUUAAUCUGGAAUAUCACAAACGCUGUGAAAAUGAUUCGGUGACUAUUUUUGAUACGUAUACCCACACAUCUAAGUUAUUUUGUGGUUAUGAAUUGCCACGUCCAUAUGUAACCUCGAGCAAUAAAGUGAUUGUGAAGUUUCAAUCGGACAAAAGUAAUGUCGGGACAGGUUUCAAACUUCGCUAUCAGGCUGUUCAGGGUAAGUUUUGUCAGCGAUUUGUUUAUAAAUAAAUGCAUGUGUUAGACACAUCCCUUGGAAUUUUGUCCCCGAGCAAACGGCGCGGAACUCCGUUCCAGGCGUAAGCCCGGGGCGAGGGUACUAAUUCCUCCUUGGUAUGUACAAACGGGAAAACAAAAGCAUUAGCGAAGUCUGAAGUUCAUCAAUGAUCACGGGCGUGGGUGACCAAUGAUGUUGAGUGGGUGGUCAUCACUGAUCUCAAAAAUAUGGCGGACUGUCACGAAUAACGAAUAUGAUUGGUCAAAUUUAAAAUUUGCAUUAGAACGAUACAUGACGACUGCGAAGUAGCAAAGAUUUCUUGAUUUGAUGAUUUCUUGCAAAUAUAUUUCAUUUUUGCAAGAUUUUGAAAAUUUCAAAAGCUUUUUAAUAAAUUAAGAAAAUAAAUUCGAAAGAAUUGGAGGGAGUAAAGGCGUAGACGUUAAAGUAAAAGAGGGAGUAAAGGCGCCGACGUUAACGAAGGUAGGUUUCUUUUAAAUAUUGAUGCAUUGUUCGCUUUCUAAUUGCUUUUAAUAAAAGCUGAUCGUUGUGUAUAUUUUAAAUGAUAAAGACAGCAUAAAAUUUCAGUCUGUUUCUUUAUUGACUAUCCUUUUAUAUAUAUUGUAUUAAAAUUUUUAAAUAAAAAAGAAAGCAAGGUUGUUUGAAUGCAAGAAUUUGAAAUAAAUUUAUUUCAAACUCAAAGUUUUUCGAUAAUGGCUGUUUUAUUAGUUUUGUAAAGAACAUUUUAAAACGUCUUGCGAAGCGUUUGGGGUUGAAUUUUACUUUACAUUGAAGCCUAUAUUACGUAUGAAUAAUAACAUACCUUACAUAUAUAUGUUUGGGGAAUUGAUAAUUUUGCAAUUACAAGUGAUAUUUUUAGGGGAUUUUUUAUUUGUACAAAUAUUUUUAACAAAAUUAUGAUAUCGUGUUAAUUACCAUGACAACUAUAAUUUAAAUACUUCAUGUUCGGAAAAUACAAUGGGUUUUGUCAGCAAGGCGAUGGGUUUCUGCAUGUAUGUAUUCUCUUGUAUAUUAUAUAUUUUGGGUCGUUCGAAUCUAGCUAUAUGUGUGCUUUAAGUUUCCUUCUGCGAUCAGGGUGUGAUUCAUGUAAUAUGCAGUUUAUAAUUAUCGCAAUUUUGCCUCUAUCGUCAUGCUUGCUCCAGUAAGCACCAGUAAACAGUAUAUGAAGCUAUAGAAAUUCCCAAUAAAACACUGGCCUUAUGUAAGGAAAUAUUAAAGGUAAUACUGGAGUUGCUCACCAACUAAAAAUUAGACCACCACAUGCAGGCCUGUAAAGAGAAACUUAGUAUUGGUAAACGCAUUGGGCCAAGAAAGAUUAUGUUUAAUUUCAAGAGAAACUUAUAAUAUUGCGAUUGGUUGUUAUAAUCAUGGAAGGCAAACUUUUUUCGUAAGAGAGUUUGCUACGCGCCUAAACUUUUGUAUACUAGCUGCAUGGAUAGGUGAUUACGUGGGAUAUCCAAUCAAAUCAAUAAAAUCAAAUACAAAUACAAAGCUCAAAAACCUAACAAUAACGAACCUUAUUUAAUCGAUCAUUCAAUCUCAACUUGUUACAAGUUUGCGCAAAUUAGCUACGCGUGCACGUCAAAACAUGAGGAAGCCACAACAGUGUCCUUGAAGGUGACUUGAAAACAAGUUUCAGUCUUUUACGCGUGGAUUAUCAAGCUGAACAUGAUAAUUAAGCAACCAUUUUUGCAUGUUUCAUUGCUGAAGAAAGCACGAAAUCAAAUCUGAUCAAAUAAAAUCAACGUAUAUGCCUGCUGAAUAAAGAAGUGUGGACAUGAUACAAAACAAGUUAAUUUCAUAUGAAAGGGUAACAAGGUAUAAUCAUAGCUUAUUUGUAAACUAUAUUGUGCGCCUCUGCUCUCUGUGUGCUGUAUACGUGUUUUUUUAGAAGCCCAGUAUUAUAUUUUGCAAUUUUAUGUCAACAUAAAUUAAUAACAUUAAAUCUUAAGACUUGUGUAAUUUAGCUACAUCUUGCAUGCAAUGCUUAUAAUUUCCUGCUUUUGUAUGUAUAAUUACAAUACUGUCAGUGACAAAGCUAACCAAGGCAAUCUGUCAUGCUAUGCAAGGUUUUAAUGAUUUGCAAUAUUCAAAUAUAGGUGCAGGAUUAUUAGCAUAUCAUCACCAGUUACGUUGGCUACACUGUGCCUUGCCACUGAAUAACUGUACAAUAUCAUACAUAUAUAGAAAUACUACGUCAGUUUUUGUCGUAGUUAUCGUUUUAAUGGACCUUCAUGGACACCCCUAUUGUAGAACAACCGAUUAAUACUCCAUUUGUCGACAUAUACUAUUGAUUAACACGUCAGCUUCAGAUGACACCACUCAUUGUGCAAAACUAUAUAGCGUAGUUAGGGGCAAAACGAGACGUUUAAGCAGUGUGACUGUCAUAAAAAAGCAAGGAAACAUAUUAAAACACUUUUUUUCACCAUUAAUAUGUUAAACGGAUUCUAGUGAACCAACUCAGGGAAAAAACUGUUCUUCAGGUAAUAUUGUGGCAAUUAUUCGAGAAAAAUGACCGGAAGUAAAUGUCUCAUUUUGCCCCAAUGAACUGCGGCAAAAUGAGACAAAUGUUAAAUAUACAGAAAUUUUUAAAAUUUUGAAAAUGUUUUAAUAGUAGGAUAAAACUAAGGUUAAAAAUACAUUAGGAAAGUGCAUAAAAGUUUAUCUAACAGUCCUAGGAAAUGUCACAUAUUACAUUUGUUGGUGUCACAGAGCAACAACAAUCUUCAUGCAACCACUUUUCACACUUGCAACAUUGGACCCAAUCCUCUCCAGGCAAUGACUCAGACCAAAAUCCAUUACACAUGGGACAUUGAGAAUCUUCCUCAAUGUUCAUGUUAACAUUCUUAGCUUUUGCCGAACUCUUGUUAUCAGUCUUAGCUUUCUUGGCUUUUGGCAGUUGCUCCUCAGCUUUCUUCGACUUCUUUUCUUUGGCAGAAAAUUUUUGUGUGCUUUUUUUUGUUUUGCUCAGCUAUGUUCUCAACAAGAGACUGUUUAUAUGGAGAACUAGUGACUAUCCUAGACUCCUCAGAUCUCUUCGACUUCUUCUUCUCGGUGAGGUGAAGCAGCUUCAUAAUCAUUGAAAAGCUGAUGUGGUCGACUGCAGGUGGUUCAUCUUGUGUGGAUGAAGUAUUUCUGGGUUCUGAGGCAGAGGUGGCAUUAGUGUUAUUUCUUCAGUCGCUGGAAAUGACUCUCUGGUUUGUGCUUCUGAAGAUGAUGCUUCAUCAUGGCUUGGGCUCUGCUUAGUUGUGUCAGCAAGGGAAGGCAAGGUCUCAUCCGAUGGUGGAUCAACAACACGGGGGUCCUCAUGGAAAUCAGACGAAGGCAAAAUGUCUUUGUUGAAUGGGACAAUGCCAGUGCAUCGGAAUCCUUACACAGCAUUCUCAAUGGUAGCAGCUUUUAAAUAG